GCGCCCGCCGCCGCCGCAGCCGCCGCCUCCACCCGCCCGCCGCGCGGACCAAGGGAGCGGGGUCGCCGCCGCCUGCCCGCCCGCGUGCCGGGGCUGCGGUGGGCCAGGAUGUCGGGCUUCCUGGAGGAGCUGCUCGGCGAGAAGCUGGUGACGGGCGGCGGCGAGGAGGUGGAUGUGCACUCGCUGGGCGCCCGCGGCAUCUCGCUGCUCGGGCUCUACUUCGGCUGCAGCCUGAGCGCCCCCUGCGCGCAGCUCAGCGCCAGCCUGGCCGCCUUCUACGGCCGCCUGCGGGGGGACGCGGCGGCCGGGCCGGGGGCCGGGGCGGGGCCGGGGCCGGGGGCCGGGGCGGCGGCGGAGCCCGAGCCGCGGCGCCGCCUGGAGAUCGUCUUCGUGUCCUCGGACCAGGACCAGCGGCAGUGGCAGGACUUCGUGCGGGACAUGCCGUGGCUGGCGCUGCCCUACAAGGAGAAGCACAGGAAGCUUAAACUUUGGAACAAAUAUCGAAUUUCCAACAUUCCAUCACUAAUAUUCCUAGACGCCACCACCGGGAAGGUCGUGUGCAGGAAUGGGCUGCUGGUGAUCCGUGAUGACCCAGAAGGUUUGGAAUUCCCUUGGGGACCUAAACCCUUCAGGGAAGUCAUUGCAGGGCCCUUGCUUAGAAAUAACGGGCAGUCCCUGGAGAGCAGCAGCCUGGAGGGGUCUCACGUGGGAGUCUAUUUCUCCGCACACUGGUGUCCACCCUGCCGAAGCCUCACGCGGGUCCUGGUGGAAUCCUACCGGAAGAUCAAGGAGGCAGGCCAGAAAUUUGAGAUCAUCUUUGUUAGUGCAGACAGGUCAGAGGACUCAUUCAAGCAGUACUUCAGUGAGAUGCCCUGGCUCGCUGUCCCCUACACCGACGAGGCCCGGCGGUCGCGCCUCAACCGGCUGUAUGGAAUCCAAGGCAUCCCCACCCUCAUCGUGCUGGACCCGCAGGGGGAGGUGAUCACGCGGCAAGGGCGCGUGGAGGUGCUCAACGAUGAGGACUGCAGAGAGUUCCCGUGGCACCCCAAGCCCGUGCUGGAGCUCUCCGACUCCAACGCUGUGCAGCUCAACGAGGGCCCCUGCCUCGUCCUUUUUGUAGAUUCUGAGGAUGAUGGGGAGUCUGAAGCGGCCAAGCAGCUUAUCCAGCCCAUAGCCGAGAAGAUCAUCGCCAAGUACAAGGCCAAAGAGGAAGAGGCGCCGCUUCUGUUCUUCGUGGCGGGGGAGGAUGACAUGACUGACUCCCUGCGAGAUUAUACCAACCUGCCUGAGGCUGCCCCUUUGCUCACCAUUCUGGACAUGUCAGCCCGGGCCAAGUACGUGAUGGACGUGGAGGAGAUCACCCCUGCCAUUGUGGAGGCCUUUGUGAAUGACUUCCUAGCAGAAAAGCUCAAACCCGAGCCCAUCUAGUGGGGCUCUGGCCUCAUGAGACGUUAUUUAAAACUCAGUCUUCUCCUCCUCCUCCCCUUCCUUCCCUUUGCCCUUGGACUUUUCCAGCGUGUUUUGAAUCACACAACUCAAGUGUCCAACCUCUCUGUGGUGCCUUGUUUUCUGCAUUAACUCCUCAGCUAGCACCUCAGGGUGCGCAUCCUCUCAGCAGCAGAAGAACCCACCGUGUUUGGAGACCCUGCUUGGGAUUCACGGGGCUGGCAUAACCCAGCCAGAAGUGGGACUGCGUCACUUAGUGACUAGCUCUUAGUGAAGCAUCCGCCAGGGUGUUCUCCUGCCAAGUUCACAUGAAGCAACAGGGCAUCGGGGCUUGGGCCCUGCCUCUGGGGUCAGCACGUGCUCGAGACAGCUCAGUGACACCUGUACGUGCAGGUGGAGCAGGGAAAGGGCCACGGCGGCGUUAGGCCUCAGCUUAGAGCUGCUGGUGAGAACAUCCUUUCCUAGUGACUUAGUCUGUUCAGUCUGAGGGAGAAACACCAGCUUGUCAGUCAGUUCUUGGGCAGCGGAUCUCCAGAUCUCAAAGGAAGCUUGCGUUCUCUUUUGGUGAGAAAAAGAGUAGCUACAGUAAUGAUUUAUAUAGUAAUUGCUUACUUUUAUUGAGCUCCUACCAUGUGAUAGGAGCUUCUCAUUCUUUCCUAGUAUCUUUCUUCCUUGAUCUUGACCUUCUCCAAGUUUCAUACGAACAGCCCCUACUAUCUUGGAAUUUUGUUGAUAAAUUCUCACCCUUGGACAUCUUCCCAAGAAGAUGCACUCAGCCCUGCCUUCUUAGAGGAGCAGACCUCUAACUUGGCCCAGCUUCGGGCCUGGGGCGGCAGCAGCUCUGCUGAGGUGCCUGUGCCCACCUUUGGUUACCCCUGUCGUUCCCUUUUCAUAGCAGAACUAAAAAGAGACAAGAAAUUACCAGAAGCCUAGCUUUUUGCUAAGAACCUGCAGAAAGAGCUGUGCCCUAGGGUGGGAGUGAGGGCAGAGGACAUUUCAAUGAAGAGUAGGCCUUGGAUCCGCUUUGCUAGGUUCCGGUAGCUCAGCUCCUUAUUUGGGCUGAACUGACCACAAAAACAAAAACCAUAACAGCUGCGUACUUAGGCUUUGGGUUGGAGGGCUUCGGCCUAGGGAUUCGCAGGGUGUUAGCCUCUCUCAGUCAGGCGUCAGGGUCUUGAAAUAAUCCCAGGCCUUACCCUUCACCCCACUCCCAGCUGUCUGCCAGUCAAGACCGUUUAUUUGGAAAACCCAGCCCCCAGUGAGCUGUUGACACUGUUGCUCCUUUGCCAAAUUGGAUUGUUGAUUUGUAGUUCAGAGGUACAACAUUAGUUGGUAAUUAGACUGUUCCUUGAUGUCACCAGCCUGAAAUGCAAUUGCCUAGUAGGAAAUAAAGCGGGCAUCUCUGGACGUUAUCAACCA